CCACUGUGGGCUUAGUUUUGACGGUGUUCAAGGCUGGAUCGUAUUAUAGUCACAGGAAAAUAUCCGCCUUGUUGUCGAGAACGGUUCAAUUGUACUAAAGACAGCAUCAUGUUGACCGAAGAACAGAAGCCGUUUCUAGAUAGAACAAACGAAGAUGAGAGCGUCAGAGGCUCCCAUGUGCCAUGUUCAUACAAGACGCGGAAUAGAGUACUGGUUAUCUCGGUCAUUUCGAAUGCGGUUCUUUUACCGAUUUGUUUACUUUUAAGCGCAAUCCUUCUAUCCAUCUCGCGAUUGAAUACACACAGUGAUAGAUAUCAUGGGGAGGUCGAGGAACCAUACUCGCCGGCCAACGAGAUCAUUGAAUACGAAUAUCGAUCCAUGAUGAAAAACGACACUCGAUUCAGAGGUCACCCUGGGCCAGAGUGGAAGCAAUACUUCAGCGAAUUAAUGUCUGGAACACUAUUCCGCAUCUCCGAUGAAGAAUUGGCACUGUCCGGCAGCGACUCUAUUCCGUUAGAAGGAGACGGGUACGCAGCAGGUCUGGGAGUCGCACAUAGCUUGCAUUGUGUGAAAAAAAUCAAAGAGUUCAUCUACCACAAAGACAUCUACCCAGGAAUGGACGAAACCAGCGGAGAAUUCUUAUAUCUCCAAGAUCAUGCAGAUCACUGCCUCGACUUCCUCCGCCAGGGUAGCCUAUGCAAUCUAGAUUACUCCCUGUAUACCGUCUACUGGGGCGCACGCAGACAGGACAUUCCAACACACAACGUACCGAAGGUGCAGAAAUGCGUUAAUUGGGAUAAACUGCAUAAGUGGAUGGAGGGGAGGGCUGCAAGUACCGAUGAGUUAAUAGGGCCGUGAAGGGAAUUUUGCUUCGAGCUUUCGUCAUUAACAAUGCAGAACACUUCAGACAUUACUGUCGUUAUUCUGCGUUGUACCAUAACCAUCAGCCCUGUAGAAAGCUCUUCAAAACUCAUAAUAAAUCAUC